AUGCUAUCAGCUUACCAAGCAGCCAACCCUUACUCCCAGUACGAUGUUGACCAAUACGAAAAACAAUCUGUUUCUUCAAGUUCUUCCUCAUCGGUAUCCUUUAGCAAUUUAGCGGUAUCCGAAAAAUUAUCCAACACCAACCGUCAAAUGGACCAAGAAGAAAAACAGAAGACCCGAGAGAAACCCUCGAAGCGCAAAAGCUUCCGCCGAAUGUUCGGUCAAAAUGAGAAAGAAGAAAAAGAGGAGAAAAAAGUCAAAGAGAAAAAGACUAUCUCCUUGCCUCUAUUCUCAAAAGGUAAAACCGGGAAAAAUGAAAAGAAUGAAAAGCACGAAAGAAACGAGAACGAAAGGUUACGCCCUACUCCUAAUCAUUCUAACAGCGGUGAAAAACGCAAAAACCGUCUCAGCUACAUCUUCUUUUCGGAUGAAGAUGGCAAGAAGGACGAUUUAACGCCCAAGGACGAUGUGCCACAAAAGAAGAGAAGCAAUAGCAAUAGUUCCUCCUUCACUCCUUCUGAAAAUGAGGAUGGACUAGAAAAGUCCAAGAACAAAUCAAAUACAAAUCGGCUCAGUAAAUUUUUUAGUUCGGAAGAAGACCGCAAGAGAAAUCUUAAUACCAAUCACAAUAAUCUCUCGGACCUAUUCAUUGCUGGAAAUGAAACUCCAAUUAAAAGUCACAAUCGUUCCAGAUUGAUCAAUAACAAAAAUUUGACCGAAUUACCCACGAAUACACCAAGGCCCAUCUCUCUAGUGUCUUCCAACACCAUGGAUUCAGAUAAUGUUGACGACACAUACUCGAAAGAGAAUGAACGUUAUCAAGUCGACAAUAAUUCAAUCAGUAACGAUUUCUCGAAUUAUAGUGAAGAUACAGUAUUUCCCGAUGACCGUGAACAUGAAAACAAUGAAAAAACCCAGGUCAUCAUUACUUCUUCGGUUAUUCAUGACGACGUAGGUCACCGGGACGGAAUCGAAGUUACAAAAGAAAACCAUCAAGACUACACCGAGCCGAUUGACGAAGGAAUAGAUCAUCGGGAUGGCCCUGAAAUUGUUAUUGUCGAUGAAAAUAAUCAGAAUUAUUCCGAGAUUACCAGUGAAGACAAAAUUAAUAAUGUAUUUGCGGGUGACGAUCGGAAUCACCAAGAUGAUGAGAUUCCUAUCGAAGACACUAAUCACGAAAAUGACCAGGAUUAUUCUGUUAUUGCCGAUGAAAACAAAAACAACGAGUUCGCGAGCAAUGAUCAAAAUCACCGAGAUGGUGAGAUUACUUGUAGGGAUAUUAAUCAUCAAGGUGACAUCGAAAACGAUCAAAAUGAUGCCAAGACCACCGCAAAUCGUCACAUUGAGACCGAGAUUAAUGUUGACAAUUCGAAGAUUAUCGAAGACAAUGUGCGCCAAGGUCAUACCGAAGUUCCAACUGUAGAUGUAGUUCAUCGAGAUUAUGCCGAUCACGUUGGUACCAAGGUUACUGGCGAUAAUGUAAAAUCCAUUAAUGAAGAUGAGAACAAUCAAAAUCCCACUCAUGUAAUCCCAGAUGAUAAUAUUGACACUAAUAAUCAUGAUGAGAACGAACAUUCAACGCUUUCGACUCCUGCAUCUUCUAUUCUCUCGGAUACCCAGUCUGUGGCCAUUAACCCCGAAUUCAAUAGAAAAAGAGAUUAUCGAGACGAAGUGGAAGAACGUGAUGUUCGUGUUAUAGAGAAAAAUAGGUUCUAUGAGGUGAAAAAGAUUGUAGAGAAAUAUCAAGUCCCAAAGAUUAUUGAAAAACAUGUGAUAGUCACCAAAGAAGAUCCGCAAGCUCGCCAGAAGAUCGAACAACUCCAGGUUACAAAUGAAAAUCUUGUCACGGUCAAUACACAGCUUGAAUCAAAAAUUAAGGAGCAAUCGCAACAAAUAGAAAAAUUUUCUUCUCUAGAGUCAGUUAUGGUACGUCAGACACAGCUCGUUGAAAAAAUGGAAGAGACCAUAAAACGACUGGAAACUCAGGUCCAAGAUCAAAAAGAAGAAUUAGGCAUUAAGAUCUCCGAACACAUGGAAGAUACCGUACGUCAUCUAGAGAGCAAGUUAAAUGAGAAAAGCAAAGAAUUAGAUAAUUUGAGAAUGGUGAUGAUGGAUCAGUUGUGCACAAACUCAAACACCACCUUUAUAUUUAAGCCCAGUACAGGGACCAUAGAUAUCAAUGGAUUGUUGCCAGCUUCCGAAAAUCCGUCGACGGAUACGACUGCCGUGACGGCUAUGGCAAUGACAAUGACAACGAGGCAAGAACCUCAGGAGAUGUAUUCGAGGAACACCCUUGUAAAUACAUUGGUGGUUAAACCAUUAGUCAACACACUUGUGGUAUCGGCCAGCAUUGCUACGUCGGUCUUGUAUGCCGUCUACAUACGACCUGUCAUCGGUCUCGUCAAAGUAGUAAGAUCUGGAGUGUGA